CUGUCCAUCAUUCAUUGUUCACCAUUAGGCUCACAAUGAGGUUCUCUCUAGUCCUGCUCCUUCUAACUACUGAACUCUUCAGGCUGUCACUUGCUGAACCUUGUGGUGGAUACUGUUCUAAUCCAUCUAAUAAAUUGGACAUCAGUGCUGAGUGUGUCAAUAACUCAUUUGGCACAGUAACUUGGUCUUUGAAGGAUAAGAAAGCUGAAGAAGUUUUUAUAAUGAUGGAAUGCUUUAACAACAAUACAUUUUCAUAUGAGCUCAUAUUAACAACACCCACUGAUUCAAUUGAAACAGAGAAAAGAUCAGUACAAUACUCAUCUAUCAUUAGCUCAGGCAUUUAUUGUUCUGUCAUUGGUUGUGUUGGAAGAUCAGAUUCAACGUGCGGAGUAGCAGCAGCUACAGAAUGCACUUAUACUCCAACAAGUAGUGUGGUUAGUGAUAUCACAGUGACCUCUAAUGAAAUUACAGACUAUUUCACUAUGACAACAACCUUAGAUCAUUCACCUACCACUUUGGUGUCAAUCACAGGAGAAUCGAAUUACUCCUUGUUCUCAAGCAUGAAAGAAACAAGUCGACAACAAAUGACUACACAUGACACAUCAUACCCAUCAAGCACUAGCUCUGUUUUAACACAGUCUUCUCAAUCACAGUCUUCUCAAUCACAGUCAUCAUUUCAAUCAUUGAACUCACAGUCAUCAUUUCAAUCAUUAAACUCACAGUCAUCAUUUCAAUCAUUAAACUCACAAUCUUCUCAGUCAUCAGAGCCCACCCUGCCAAUUUCUGAUCCAACUAUAGAUACUACUGUACUUACUAUUAUAAUAGCAAGUGUUCUUAUUCCUGUCAUUGGUAUGAUUGUCUGUUGCAUUAUAGUUUUUGUAUACAUCAUUGUCUGGAGAAAUUCCAAGCGUGUGACACAUAACGAGCCUCUUGAUUUCUCUCGAAUUUUUGAAAUGGAGCUUUACAAGUUGGAUGAUGUCAGCUUAGGAUCUGUAGUCACCGUAUUCCAGCCAUUACAAAACUGUACCCUGUUAUCAGAGAAAGUCAACACUGUUAAUAAUAAAGACACAGAGAGCAUCGACUCAAAUAAUGUCAAGGAAUUUUUCUCUUCUAUAAAAACUGAUAGCACUCAACAAGCAUUAGAGUCAAAUAAACCAGCAGACAUAAAUAAUUAUGAAUCGCCACAAGAGUCAAACAAACUAGCAAAAAGUACUGACUCUAACACUCACAAUUCUUCAUUAACUCCAGUUCAAACAGCAGCUGUGACAGCAUCAUCCUGUGAUACCAGUGGCUAUGUAACAGUGUCUCAUAUGCUUAACACACAGCCUCACAAUACAGAGAGUGAAUUUAUGGACACUAGUAGUGAUUUAAUGGAGUAUGACAAUAAUGAAUUUAGUGACAAAAGAAAUCAAACCAGCUCUGGAAUAAAGUUCGAUUCAAGUGCAGGCUCCAGUGAUUACGUACACAUGUGAACAAGAAUCAAUAUAACUAUUUGCAAGAACACAUAUCCAUCUCCUAUCUUAUUAUGUGCAUGAUACAUUUGCAAUGUAUGUUAUCAUAGCUCAGCAAUGUAGUUGAUAAACAUUAUAUUCAGUGCAAAUGUAACCUGA